CAAAAAUUUUAUUUUCUUAUUCAUCAAUUUCCAUUUCGAACGCUUGGAAGUUGUUCUUUAAGUUUACCAGACAUGCAAGAGCUUGUCAUAAACCUUGAACGGUUCUGAGUUCUUUAAGAGAUUCGGUUUUUAUCUGUCGUGUGUCUAUUCAAACAUGCUCAGUAGCACCUUUUGCAUCAGAACUAAUGGUCAAUAAUGUUGGAUGGCAUGAUUAAUCCAUGAUAAUUAAUCAGUAUUAUACAGAUCCUCUUUUUGGGGAUUGCGCAAAGCACACGUACUACUGUUCUAUACAAGAUUAAUAGAAUACAAAUAUUGCCCUAUUGCCUUGGCAACGUCAUACUUUCGGUUCAAACCAAAACCUAUAUCAUUUGAAGGCCCUGGUUGAAAACGCAUAGUUUCGUUAUCAUUAUGGACCGAAUCGUGGUUAGGUGGAUACAUGUCGUCUCUCUAUUCACUUAUGAUCGAUCUAUUUCCAGGUUUUUCGAUCCGGAGACACCCAAGUAGUACCCUUGCAGAGGUGUUUCUACAUUAAAUUUUCUGACUAGAAUAACUAACUACUUUAUUCACCCUUCAUUGAAGCAGAACAUUUUGUUGUUGUUGUAGUGAUCUGCUAAUCCUGUUUAGGAGAAGGUGGCGUUCAUAAAAGAUACAUACAUGUGUACGUUUGGAUAGAUCGAUAUGUCGGAGAACUUCUUUUUGAUGUGUAAUUGUUUCGUUAAAAAUAAAACACCGCUACAUAUCGCAAUGAGUUUGACUUAUAAAAUUAUCUUUAAGGAUUAAUAGUUGCAUUACUGUUACGAACAAGUUGAUGUUGAUUGUGAUUUUAGUUCCGUAUACACACAUGGUGUCUUGCAAUAAUGCCUUCAGCGAAUACCGAAGAGCUGCGACGAAAGUUUACUGUUGUACAUCAACAGCGAUCGGCUCCGCCGACUUUGCCGGUGCCAAGUUUUGCAUUAACUCCUAGCAGAUCUACAGGUUACGAUUCCCUAGAUGGCGCCACCACCACCACCACAACAUCAAAGAUGCUACAUUUAAAACAAUCAAUUCCCUUGCGGGAACCCGAACGUACCUAUGUAUUUCCGGGAACUGUAAAUACUGGCAGUGGUGGACAUGGUGGAAGCGUUAUCGGUAGUAUGACAACUGGUAUACCUGGCGUGGCUGUUGUGUCUGCGCCUUCACACAAUCUCGGUAUUGUAACAGGCGGUCGCGGUCAUACACGAUCCGUGAGUCAUGGCGGUGGCGCCAUUUUAGGGCCAAGCGGUCGACCCAUAAAAUCCGCUAUGAAAGGUCAUCAGCGAGCGUUUUCACAAGGACAAAUCACAGAUUCACCGGGUACAACUGGUGCCUCACGUGGUCAUAGUCGGGUUGGUUCGAAAACUGAUUUCAUCUUACCACCUGGUCACAAAGAAGAAACAGAAACACGCGACUUCGGUCCAUCGGUUGCAUCUUCAGCAGGCGGACGAGGUCAUUCGCGGCAAGCUUCACGCUCCGAAUCAAUAUAUACACUUCGUCGUUCCGAAACACCACCUUGGUGGAGGCGCAUAGUGGUAUGCUAUAAUGAGAAUUUCGACGAACGAAGCUAUCGAAUUGUUGUACCAAACCAUACCGUUCCACCAAAGACACCGAAAAGGGAUCAUCCGAAUGGAGAUUUUGUCGGCAACAAGAUUCGUACUACCAAGUACACAUUGCUUUCGUUUGUGCCGAAAAAUCUACUGGAACAAUUUCAUCGUGUCGCAAAUUUGUAUUUUAUUUUCAUUGUUCUACUGAAUUGGUUCCCUGCCAUAAAUGCUUUUGGUAAAGAAGUAGCUAUGAUUCCAGUGCUCUUUGUGCUGGGCGUGACGGCGGUCAAAGAUUUAUUUGAAGAUAGACGGAGGCGUUCCUCCGAUAAGCGAAUCAAUAACACCACAUGUCGUGUUUAUGAUGGUGAAUCAGAUCGCUAUAAAAAGGUGAAAUGGCAGGAUGUUCGUGUUGGCGAUCUGGUGCAUUUAUCCAACAAUGAAACGGUACCAGCGGACAUACUCCUUUUACGAACGAGCGAUUUACAUGGUGCCUGUUAUAUUGACACUUGUGAUUUAGACGGUGAAACAAAUCUUAAAAGAAGAGAGGUUGUACGCGGUUUCACUGAUAAACAGAAUAUUUUUACGCCAUGUAAAUUUUUGAGCCGAGUCGAGGCUGAUGCGCCUACUACAAAACUUUAUAGAUUCCAUGGAGCCUUAAUACAUCCAACGGGUGAGCGUAUACCCAUUGCAACUGAAAAUUUACUUCUGCGAGAAAGCCGCCUAAAGAAUACCGAUUUUAUUGAAGGAAUCGUCGUAUAUGCAGGUCACGAAACAAAAUCAAUGCUGAAUAACAGUGGUCCACGUUACAAGCGCUCUCAAGUUGAGCAGCAAAUGAAUAUAGAUGUGAUAUGGUGUGUGAUAAUUUUACUAAUAUUAUGCAUUGUGGGCGCCGUUGGAUGCAAAAUGUGGUUGAGUUCUUUUGGACAAUUUCCUGUACCAUAUCUACCUUUCGAUGUUCAUCCCAGUUAUGAAGGUCUUUUGACUUUCUGGACAUAUAUCAUAAUAUUGCAGGUGAUGAUUCCGCUGUCCUUGUAUGUGACGAUUGAAUUGUGUAAAAUCUUACAAGUUUAUCACAUACACAAUAACAUUGAUUUGUACGACGAGGAUACCAAUAAAAAAACGGAGUGCAGAGCGAUGAAUAUCACUGAAGAAUUGGGACAAAUACAGCACAUAUUUUCAGAUAAGACCGGUACACUGACUGAAAAUAAAAUGCUCUUUCGACGAUGUGUUGUCAAUGGCAUAGAUUACAAUCAUCCUGCUUCUGAGAUGGAACGAUUGAAUACAAAACCCGGAGCACCAACACCACCUCUUAUCGUUAACACCACAUUAUUAAACGAUAUGCUAGAGUUAAUAAACUCGAGUCAAUAUCUCUCAGCAAAUGCGCAGAGACUUCAAGAAUUCCUUUUAGUUUUGGCAAUAUGUAAUACAGUGAUUGUGAGUGUUACACCACAUCAUGAUUUAAUGAAUGCCAGUGGUAUAAUUGAGGUGCAAGGUGCGGGAAGCAGUACUUCAGGAAUGUUAAAAAGUGUUAAAGAAAACCACAUACCUCUACAAAACAUAACAGAAACGGAUUCAUCUCCAUCAUCUGUACCUAUAGCCAAUAACAACAUGGCACCCGCCAUAUCCGCCGAUCGGUAUACCCGCUUAGCCGAAUCGCGAUCCGUAACACCAUCACCGCCUCCUAAUUUAGUAUAUGCUUUGCCAACACAAACUCAUGUACCAUCUUUAUCACCAAUAAAUAGUUCAGCAGAGACUACACCUACAUCUGAUUCACCACCAAUGAAAAUGAAGUCAUUCUCAAAUAGUAUUUCACCAACAGGACGUGCAAAAGCUGUGAUAAAUUCAAAGAUAACAACUCUUACGGCAUUUCUAAAUGUCAAAGCUCAAGCUAAGAGAAUAUCUAAUAAGCUGAAUCAAACUAAAAAUCAAACUUCAUUUAAAACGGUUAAUGGAAGACCUUUGUAUGAAGCCGAGAGUCCAGAUGAGCUUGCGCUUGUGAGUGCUGCAUAUAGUUAUGACUGCUGUUUGGUCAAUCGUAGUCCAAAUCAUAUAUUAGUUAACAUUCCUAACUCAGGAAUGGCGGAGUAUGAAGUUCUAAAGAUCUUACCAUUUGACUCCAGCCGCAAAUGCAUGUCAAUUGUUGUACGGCGCACUGGUACGCAAGAAAUUAUACUAUAUACAAAAGGUGCCGAUAGUUCUAUUAUGCCCGUAUUAACACCAUGCGGACGAAACACACCCGAAGGUAUAAUGAGGGAGAAAACUCAACAACAAUUGGAUCGCUAUGCGCGAGAUGGUUUACGUAUAUUGGUAAUGGCUAAACGUAUACUAAAUCCCGCUGAAUAUACAGAAUGGUGGGCACGACAUCAAGAAAUUGAAAUGUCACUAGAAAAUAGAGAAAGACGAAUUCGUGAAUCUUUCGCCAAGUUAGAGUGUAAUUUAACACUACUGGGGGCGACUGGAAUUGAGGACAGGCUUCAGGAUGGUGUACCGGAAACGAUAGCUGCUCUGAUUUCAGCUGGCAUAUCAGUGUGGGUGUUAACUGGCGAUAAACCAGAAACAGCAAUAAAUAUUGCUUAUUCAGCAAAACUUUUCACUCAGCAAAUGGAACUAUUGCGGUUAACGGCGCGUUCGCGUGAUGCUGCAGAGAGUGCAAUUAAUUUUUAUUUAGCUGAAUUAGACAAUAGCAAAGCAAUAUAUGGCGCUAAUCCUCGUCUGAAGCCACGAGCUCUAGUUGUUGACGGCAAAACGUUGACUUUUAUCUUAGAUCUACGUUCCAAGCUUAUUAGGCCGUUUCUAAGGUUGGCCAAAAACUGUGCAUCAGUGCUAUGCUGCCGCUCGACACCACUACAAAAAGCAUAUCUAGUAAAAGUGGUGAAGGAAGAGUUGCGUCUCUGUACUUUAGCUAUUGGUGAUGGUGCGAAUGAUGUCUCAAUGAUACAGAUGGCAGAUGUUGGUGUCGGCAUUUCCGGUCAAGAGGGUAUGCAAGCUGUUAUGGCGGCUGAUUUUACGUUAUCCCGAUUUCGUUACUUAGAGCCUUUAUUGCUAACUCAUGGAUAUUGGUGUUAUGAUCGCUUAUCGCGCAUGAUACUUUAUUUCUUUUACAAAAACGCUACCUUUGUGUUCUUAAUAUUUUGGUAUCAACUAUACUGUGGCUUUUCGGGAUCUGUCAUGAUGGAUCAAAUGUAUCUGAUGUUGUAUAAUUUAAUAUUCACAUCAUUGCCUCCCAUUGCCAUUGGUGUUUACGAUAAACGCGUGCCUGAGGAUUUUUUACUACAAAAUUGUUAUUUGUAUAAACACGGUCGGUUACGUCUUGCCUAUAGACCACAUGAUUUUUGGAUCGUUCUCUUAGAUUCAUUGUAUCAAAGUUUAGUGAUAUUUUUUAUGGCUUUGUGUGCCUAUGCUGAGUCAGAUAUUGGUAUUUGGGAAUUCGGUGCAACAAUAACGGCAUGUUGUUUAUAUACGAAUUUAGUUCAUGGCGCACUCGAAAUCAGAUCAUGGACCAUAUUACAUGUGCUUUCUAUUGUGCUAAGUCUUGGCUCGUUUUAUGCUUUCUCUAUUAUUUAUAAUUCAACAUGUGUAAAUUGUUUUGGGUUACCUUCUACAUAUUGGGUGAUAUUUCGCUGUCUAGGCUCAUUAGUUCAUUGGCUUGUGAUACUUAUAUCGACAGUUGUGGCUAUUUUACCAAGGCUGCUGUUCUUAACUGUUAAAAAUUCAUUAUUUCCCGACGAUAGUGCAAAAGUAUUGAUGCAAACAAAAAUAAACCGCAGUAGAGGUGAGGAUUUGUUAAUUGCUUGGUCAAGGUCAGCAUCAGCUUCAUCAAUAUAUAGAAUCGCCGAUUAUGGGUCUAAGAAUCAGAUUAUAACAACAAUAUCCUGAUAACCAUUUGGAAUAUGACAAAUUGAUGAUAUUAAUCACCGAAUGAAAAUGAUAUUAUGAAUAUGCGAGUGUAGUUAUUAUGUAGUGAUUUGUUUGAUUUGGUGGUGUGUGUGUUUUGCGCUUAUAUGUAUGUAAACGUAUGUGUGACUGUGUGUAAAUUUAAGGGCCAUUUAAUGUUACAGCCCCACUAAGAUAAUAGCAAUGCAAAGUUAUAAUUAGUAUGUAAGCACUUAAAAUUCUCCUUAAUAUAUUUGUAUUAUUUCUCAUUAAGUUGUUUAGGAAAAGUUUGUAUUAUAUAUGUAUAUUUUAUUGUUAAUAAAUACAUAUAUUUUAUCAUUUGUAUAAAAAUUAUAAAUUAUUAAAAUACUUAAUUAAAUCGUCAUAAUUGAAUGCUUACAACUACUUCAAUCGAAUAUUGCCACGUUAUUUUCAUUCACAUAUCUAUUAUUUUAUGUUAAAAGCUGUUCUUAAUUUAUAUCAUGUAAUACAAUUUUAUGCUUAUUGUUUAGUUAGCGUUACAUUCCAAAAGCUUCCUAAAAAAAAAAAAAAGAUGACCAGCGGAUAAUCAUAAAAUUUUCAAUUAAAACUGAUUUAAUCUGUGGCAAGUUUAUCACUGGAGUUUCCUAUGGACCUAUACUAUCCUGUCAAUAGAAGUUAUUCCUCAUUUUAAUAUAUGUAUAAAAUAUGUAUUUUAAUAUUUUAAACGUACUUACACAUACAAUGUAUUUCUAGCCGAAUUUUACAAAGAAACAAACAAAAAAA